AUCUUUUUUUUCCCCACCUGUCCGCAAACCCUCCCCCAACCCGCACGCAUCGGCACGGCAUCUCCUCGCUCUGCCGCGCCGCCGCCGCCGCCAUGAAGCGCUCCUUCGACGCCAUGGAGGCGAAGCCGGUGUUCCUCUCCAAGGAGGAGCGCCAGCGCCUCGCGCUCGAGCGCCGGCAGGCGGCCGUCGCCGACCAGCGCCGCUCCGCGCUCGACAUCCUCCAGUCGCUCCCCCGGCCCCCUCCGCCGCCUCCCCCGUCCGGCGCCCCCCGAGACUCCUCCUCCUCCCACCGCGACCCCUCCGACCGGGACAGGGGGGACAGGGACCGCGACCGGGACCGGGACCGGGACCGGGACCGCCGCCGCGACGACGACUCCCGCCGGGACCGAGAUCGGGAUCGCGACCGCGACCGCGACGAGCCUUCCCGCCGGGACCGGGACCGUGACCGCGACCGCGACCGGGACCGGGACCGGGAGCACCGGGACAGGGAGCGCGGGGAGCGGGACAAGGACAGGGAGAAGGACCGGCUGGAGAAGAUGGCGGAGCGGGAGCGGGAGAAGGAGCUGGAGGCCAUCAAGGAGCAGUACCUGGGGUCCAAGAAGCCCAAGAAGCGGGUCAUCAAGCCCUCGGAGAAGUUCCGCUUCUCCUUCGACUGGGAGAACACCGAGGACACCAGCCGCGACAUGAACAUGCUCUACCAGGCGCCGCACGAGGCCCGCCUGCUCUACGGCCGCGGCUUCCUCGCCGGCAUCGACCGGCGCGAGCAGAAGAAGGCGGCCGCCGUGUUUGAGAAGGAGACCCGCGCUGAGCAGCGCCGCAAGUUCGGCGUGGAGGACCGGCCCGAGGAUGAUGUGGCUGAUAAGAAGAAGGCCGCCGCCGCGGAGAUGUACGACGCCUUCGACAUGCGGGUGGACAGGCACUGGUCUGAGAAGGGCAUCGAGGAGAUGACGGAGCGGGAUUGGCGUAUUUUCCGGGAGGACUUCAAUAUCUCCUACAAGGGGUCUCGCAUACCCCGGCCGAUGCGCAACUGGCCCGAGAGCAAGCUUGGGACUGAGCUGCUUCGUGCUAUUGAGAAGGUUGGGUACAAGAAACCGUCACCCAUCCAGAUGGCUGCCAUUCCGCUUGGUCUCCAGCAGCGUGAUGUCAUUGGUAUUGCAGAGACUGGUUCGGGCAAGACUGCCGCUUUUGUGCUUCCUAUGCUGUCGUACAUUACUCGCCUGCCGCCUAUAAGCGAGGACAAUGAGGCUGAGGGUCCUUAUGCUGUUGUCAUGGCACCUACUCGUGAGCUUGCUCAACAGAUUGAGGAAGAGACGGUGAAGUUUGCAACCUAUCUAGGCAUUAAAGUCGUUUCCAUUGUUGGUGGUCAGUCGAUUGAGGAGCAAGGUUUCAAGAUCAGGCAGGGCUGUGAAGUUGUAAUUGCAACGCCUGGUCGGCUUCUUGAUUGUCUGGAGAGAAGGUAUGCUGUGCUCAACCAGUGCAACUAUGUUGUACUUGAUGAGGCUGAUAGGAUGAUUGAUAUGGGAUUUGAGCCACAGGUUGUUGGUGUCCUUGAUGCGAUGCCAUCAAGUAACCUGAAACCUGAGAAUGAGGAAGAGGAACUGGAUGAGAAGAGGAUUUACAGGACAACUUAUAUGUUCAGUGCUACCAUGCCACCUGCAGUUGAGCGCCUUGCUAGGAAGUACCUCCGUAACCCAGUUGUCGUCACAAUUGGUACAGCUGGCAAGGCCACAGAUCUGAUAACCCAAAACGUGAUCAUGGUGAAGGAGUCAGAGAAGAUGUCACGACUCCAGAAGAUACUCACAGAUCUUGGGGACAAGACGGCCAUUGUAUUCUGCAACACAAAGAAGUCGGCAGACAACCGUGCUAAGGAUCUGGACAAGGCAGGUUUCCGCGUCACAGCACUGCAUGGAGGGAAGUCACAAGAUCAGAGGGAGAUCAGCCUUGAUGGAUUUAGGAACCGCAGGUUCAAUGUUCUUGUAGCGACUGAUGUUGCAGGGCGUGGUAUUGAUAUUCCUGAUGUGGCUCAUGUUAUUAACUAUGAGAUGCCUAGUUCAGUUGAUACAUACACACAUCGCAUCGGAAGAACAGGGCGUGCAGGAAAGAAGGGACUUGCAACUUCAUUCUUGACCCUGGAUAACACUGAUAUUUUCUUCGAUCUGAAACAGAUGCUUACUCAGAGCAAUAGUCCCGUCCCUCCAGAACUUGCUAGGCAUGAGGCGUCAAAGUUUAAGCCAGGAUCAGUUCCCGAUAGACCUCCAAGAAGAAAUGACACCGUCUAUGCAUCUCACUGAAGCAAUCUGCCGCAGAAGAGGUGGAGAUCCUUCCUGGGUAUAAUUCAGGGCCACCAACUGUGUCGAGAUUUAGUACUUAUGAGAGGGCAAAUGCUCAGUCUUGAUCUUCAUUGUGGAGAUUUAUGUGGUUCUUUCAACAUUAGUCUCAAGAGGGAAAGCAGGGCGAGCACGACAACAGCUGCAUUUCACAUCACACUAGCAUGAGGAACCCCAACUCCUUGUCCGCUUCCAUGGAUGAUAUAUUGUCAAGAAUGGCACUAAAUUUGACAAAAGCAUCUUAGAUCCAGGUUGUGGAUUUUAAGGGGUGAUGCAGUGCAGAUUAUCUGAGCAAAUUGACCAGCCCUGUUGAAUUCUCUAACUAGUUUGGUAGUCAGUCCUAUCUGUACAUGAUGUGAAGUCGAUCGUGAGUUCCAGCUAGGCUGUCUGAAACCUUGGCGUCGUCUAUGUGGAACCUGGUGUUGAGUCGUACUAGCAUCGAUGGUGGAUGUGUACACGUGUGCGCACCGUGACACGUGCCUCCGCCCGGGACAAAAACCUGCCACCGUGGCUUGGCUUCUCUCCUUCGGUGAUUCCACCGCUCAGCGCCAGUACAAAGCAACCAGCACGCACGGGGUCACCGUUCCAGAGCACCGAUCGCCGUUCAGAUCUACAGAUCUCUCUGCCCCACGGACUGGGUUGUGGAGUGGACCAGGCAUCUGAUCUGCUAUAUCAUCUUAGGGAGCGAGUGACGACAUGUCAUUUCGAUGUACCAGUAGUUACAUAAGCACAGAGACAGCGGUCUGAAUCUAUGUUGUUGCCCCCUCUCCUUAAAAUGUUUCCGGCUGGUAGUGUUUGCCAUCUCGAGUUGAUUCUUUACAGACACAUUUUCCAGCUCUAAGUUUCUUCAUGCCACA